AUGCCGUCGAACAAGAGGUGUGCUAAACAUUCGGCGGGUAAAGCACUUGUCUCUGGCAAGAAAUCAAAGCAAGCGUCCAUAAAAAAUGCCCGGUGUGUCGUCCGCCCGUGUAGCCCAUCCACAUCGCACAGCCUAACCUUGACGAAAAUCGACAACAAUGGCGCCACCACGGUAACCGGGAGGGCUCUUUCUGCGGUAGUACAGGCAGAAGCAACUCCUGCUGUGGUGAUUAAAGCCACGUUUAAAGUCGUUGUCUUGGGCCCGGUCAACAUAGACUACGAGGCUUCAUUUGGCAGCCCUGCUGUGCUGGACUUUUUAGACCUUGUGCGGCGACGACACGCUGUCAAAAUUGAGAACGAUGUCCCUCUCCCAAACAGCCUCACAAUUAUCGGCGCAACUCGGGAUGCAAUUCAUUCGGCGCACAAAGACAUCAAUGGCUUUAUGCACAACCUGAGAUCGCCGAUGCGGCACCAAUUGCAUAUGAUACUGCCUCUCGGUGGUCGACGCAAGAAAUUGACUUUGGUUAGAAACGCCAGUCACCCCGAGCUGGCACGAUGCUGCUUCGAGGACGAGGCCGACGAUAUGAAGUGCGAGAGCAUCGAUAAGAUGUGUCUGGCGGAACAAAUAUCCGGCUUCCGCGUUCAGUUCACUCAAUUUGCUGACGUACUACGUUCCGUGCCAUCCAACCUCCACAUGGUGGUCCAAUUUGGAAGACUGCUUUCUAUCACGCAAGAUGUCCAAUGCCCGAUUUCUUCUGAGGAUGUUGCUAAACAAAUAGAUGCGGCCAGAGGCAAGUCUAUUACUGAUGAAGACGCUAUCUUCGAGCACAGAAUUGGCGGUGCCGAAGUGUUUGGUGCUAUGCAGCAGCAGGUGCUACGCUCAGGAGACGCGUUCUAUCCCUGCUCUUCUGUUCUUGAAAGUCUUCUCGACGUUGAGCCACAAAGGUUUCUUGUUGGCAUCAUGGAGACUUUCCGGUUCGAGAUAGAGAUUGGACCUCCCGGUUCAGCUCCUGAUAAACGUUCCGCUAGCCUAUCUAAUCUUCGGGUUUUCCAAACAAUUGGGUCCGAAGGGAAGGCGGGGCUUACAAUUGCUUGUCCCAACCGAGAUAUUGACUGGAAGCUUGAGACAAUCCAAGAGCUGUUACCGGGGGAAAUUCCAUCCACUAUAAAAGCUUUUCUCGAAAGCGUCACUGUCGUCGACCAUAAAGAGCAGGACGGCUUUCCCAUGCCAGUUUUUAGGCCAGGAUUGAGCAAAGAGAACCGAGUCAAGCAACUGAUCGGUAAAACAGCCUGGACUGUGGGGUAUAAAGGUACGCGGUAUAUGUUGGAGCUUUGCCUGUACCACAAGAUUUCAACAUCACAUAUGGGAGAAGCGCCCAAUGACCAAGGUCAGGUGGGAAUGUCAAUCCUGAAUAGCGGAUGGGAAGAAACUCUCAAAUCACCUGCCACUGAAGGUGGUCCCCGAGAUCUAGGAGCAAACUGGGACCGAAUAUUUCGCCCUAGGAACGGGCGAGGGACACCGGAAAGUGGAAUCGAGAGCUUCCUCAAGCUUGUGGAUCGGGUUCUGGUUCUCUGGCACAGAGCAAACGGUGAUGCCACUCGUUCCGUGGCGUCACAACCUAUUACGGAGAGUGCAGAGUACGCCGUCCGCACGUCUCAACCUGAUCCACUGCCGAAAUCCAGUUCCGUGGACCUGGUUACUGGCCACAACAUUUCGGGAAAUCGCAUCUCAAGCCACCUUUUCGCCGUCUCCAACAAUCAGGAGGAGGAAGUGGAUUUGCUUAUAUUUGAUUAA